AUGUCACCCCCGCCUCCUCUUCUACUAGAAGCCGGAAAUGGUCUCAUGGAGUCAAACAUCUACAAUCCAGAUUCUUUUCUGCUUCUGUGCCUUCCUUUCUUCCCGUUCCUUAUUCCGUAUUCCGUAUUUGCGUUCUUGUUUGUUCUAUCCUUCCCAGUCGUUUCUGUCCCCAAACAGGGCGUGCGUAAGAGGGGGGUAUCCCUCUCAAACCCGUUCCUGAUGAGGCAGCCGAACCCAAGCCUAGCGUCUAGCGGGGUCAGUACUUUGCCGAUAGGGGUGGUCUAUAGCCACUAUUUGCUUUCCCCAGCUGGUGUCGUCCAAGAGGAAGCAGUUGGACAGGAAAGAGGGAGAGAAGGAGAAGUAGUGGUUUCAAUUUCAACCCCCCGCAACAAGGUUGAAAGCGAAUUCCUUCCUUACUGCAGUAGCUCUAGUAGUAGCAGUAGGAAUAGUGGCCAAAUAGACUUCAUUAGUCUUAGUAGUCUUAGUGCCGUAGUAGGAUUCCCUUCGUCCCCUUCCCUUUGUCCUUUACCUGCUGACAGCAAGCAGGAAAGGGGGAAGAUUACGCGGCCUUUCUUAAAAUCACAUGACAAAACGCGCCAGAAGGACUGCUUCCAAGCUUCAAAGGACAUAGAGAAUUCUAUAAAAGUUUCCCUCAAGCAAGGGUGCUGUAGGGAAGGAGAUAGAGCACAGCGCUCAGAAAGAGAUCAAGCGCUAGCGUGA